AUGACGAAGGAGGACCUCAACUCCACCGACGCCAUCCCAGCCACUCUGAGGCCCUCCGGGUCGCCUAGGACCCCAGGGACUCCCAAGGCCCCGGAGCUCCCUGGCCCCAGGCCCACCCCGGUCACGGACGUUGCUGCUCUGUGUGUCUGUGACCUGCUUCCAGCCCAGUGUGAUGUCAACUGCUGUUGUGACCCUGACUGUGGCCCCACAGAUUUCAGUGUCUUCUCUGCCUGCUCAGUUCCAGUUGUCACGGGUGAUAGGCAUUUUUGUAGUCAGAAGGCAGCCAUCUACUCAAUGAAUUUGACAGCAGACCCUCCUCACCGGGUCUUUAAACUCAUUGACCAGAUCAACCCAUCCAUCUUCUGCAUCCGUAUUUCCAACUACAAACCUGCACUGUCCUUUGCUAAUCCAGAAGUGCCCAACGAAGACUAUUUUGACAGACUGAUGCAAGCAUCAGGUGGUUUUACGUUGAGUGCUGAAUCAGAUGUUCCUUCCGCAGCCAUAUCAGAUACUCCACAGCCCACUAAAUACAAGUAUGGAGACCCUCUGCAGACUGCAGGCACACCUUCCGGUUCAUUUCUUCGACUGCCUUCACCUCUCUCGUCAUCUCUGUGCACAGAUGAGAACCCUGCAGCCUUCCUGGUGAGCCAGGCCUUCCAAUGCAGCCGAAGGGUGGACAUAGAAGAGUGUGAAGGAAUGGGAGCCCUCAGCAUGGCUCACUACAGCAGCCCUGCCAUUCUGAGGGUACCUAAUUCAACAACACAGGUCUCCAUCAAGGUUCAGUCUGUCAUGUAUCGGUCUCUCAAUCACACGCUGACCGGGUUAGAAAGUCGUGGCAUAUUGCGGCCAUCUCUGGUCAGCAUUGGGCAGGAUAGACUCUGCAGCAACGUUGUUCUCGAGGUGAAAUACAGCCUGCUGUACACAGCCACCGGCCAGAUACAAGAAGCCAGCCUUUCCCUUGUACUGGGGACAUUCAGCAGCACAGUGACUCUCCUGCAGCAGAAGUUUGAGAUACACUUUAUUCAGCAUGGCACCAAGCCUGUUCCUUGCAGUGGCAACCCUGGUUACAGGGUGGGACUCCCGCUGGCCGCUGGCUUUCAGCCUCAGAAGGGAUCUGGGAUUAUUCAGACAACGAACAGACAAGGCCAAUUUACUAUUCUUCGUAGCACAGGCGAGCAGGACUGCCUUGCCAGCAAGGGACUCCGGGACCCAGUGUUGUUUGGCUACAAUGUGCAAUCUGGCUGUCAACUCAGACUGACAGGCACCAUCCCCUGUGGGCUCCUGGCACAGAAGAUUCAGGGCCUUCUGAGAGGCCAGGCCUUCCCUGACUAUGUGGCUGCAUUUGGGAAUUCCCAGGCCCAGGAUGUGCAGGACUGGGUGCCUGUGCGUUAUGUCACUCAUUCCUCCAACAUGAAGGGCCCUUGCCAACUCCCUGUGGCUUUGGGUAUAGAAGUGAAAUGGACUAAGUAUGGAUCUCUGCUGAACCCCCAAGCCAGGAUAGUGAAUGUCACUGCCCAGAUCUUCUCCAUUCCAGAGCCCCUCCCAGGGCCUGAGAGGACGAUUGUCAUUUCCACUACAGUGACAUUUGUGGACGUGUCAGCCCCUGCAGAGGCAGGCUUCCGAGCUCCACCCACCAUCAACGCCAGGCUGCCCUUCAGCUUUUUCUUCCCAUUUGUGUGAUGCAAGUGGCCCCUUCGGGAGUGAGUUCCCACCCUGAAGGCCCCUCUGCAGCAGUGGGCACCCCGGCGCAAGGCUCUGGAGGACACUAGCUCAGUUGCUGGUUACCCUCAAACCAGCGCUCUGCCCCUCUCCACUGCCUUUCCUCUUGGAAGCGUUACUCUGCUAGGCUAGGGGCUCACAUCAGGUGGUUUCAGCAUCCUGCACACACAGGUCACAGGCCUUGUCACCUCUGGAGAGGUGGGAGGGAGAACCUAGUGUAGCAAUGCAUGGAAAGCCUCCUCAGUGCCUUAACCCUCAUCUAUCAGGAGUUGUCUUCACAAUGCCCAUGAGCAUUUGAGAAGUACAAACCAACAAGAGGCUGUAAAAACGUGUGCCCACGAGGGCAUUGCACCCCAAGAUGAUGCUAAUUACAGGGCAGUUCCCCCUCCCUGCAGUGAGCUAGCUCUAUAACUGGUGGGCUAUUGUGGGCUGCCACCAAGGGGAGAAUGUGGUAGGCGGGCCCAGGGGAAGGAGGGUGCUUAUUUUAUACAUUAAUUGUAUAGUAAUUGAGGGAGAUGCUGGUGGGUACAGAGCCAGUUUGAAGCUGAUGGUGCAGCUGGAGGCUGCAGAGGAGACUGGGCACCAGGAUAGCUCCCCUAGGGGAUGCAGCAGGAGAAUCUGCAGACCAGCUAAUAAAGGCUUUCUGGAAUGGGCUGGUACAAGGUGCCAGCUUCUGUUCUUCUCAGGGUGUGCUUAGGAAAGGAUGGGCUGGUCCCUACACACUGAGGGAAGGAUGUCAUCAAGUUUUACAAGCCCAGCUUCCUUGUCUAUUUUUGAGCAACAGCAGAGGCCAGGUGAGAAAAGGUGGUUAUGGUUCCUUGCUGCAGAAGGAGGGCGUGGACAGGUGGCUCUGGGUCACACCGAAGAGGCAGCAGAGCUGACAAAGAUGUGUUCCCAGCAUCCAGGGAGCGCAAGCCAAGGCAAAGAUGAGGACUGGACUUGUCAGCACACAAUUGCUGUCUGGCCACAGCCCAGCUUCUCUAGGGUGGUGCUUCUGGAAGGCUAGUUCCCAUCCCCAAGAAGUCCAUUCUGUCUCAACAGCUUGUUGAGUCUCUCAAUUUCUUGUUCCUAUUGUAAAAGCAGACAGACACCGGGUGAUGAGCUUCUGAGCCACAUUCCCGAAGGCCUGGGGCUACACACAGCUAAGAGCCAAUCUGUGGCAUUUUGGCUGCUGAGGGGAGGGCCCUGGGCAGUGAUUACAGGAACAAGAUGCCCAGAGGAGGGACUGGGCCUGGCUCCAGGAGCUGGUACUUAAGCCAGAAAGACCAGGAAGAGGGAGUAACAGGCAGGGCUGUGGGCUACAGGAGAAUGGUCAGUAGUGGGCUGGAGGGGACAGCAGUGGAACCAGUCCCCCAAGUCUCACCUUCUCAGAGCAGCUGAAUUCCAGAUGCUGGAUCUUGGUGGCCAGUUGAAUGUUUAUCUGCUUUAACCUUAAGAUCUGCCGUUCUGAGCGUGUCUUCA